GCGAUUUCACCUUAUCCCUUCGAGCGGAGAUCAAUACCAUGUCGCCCCUGUUUAAGAUAUGGGUGUAUUAUGGAGAUUACAGAACCUCAUCCGGACAUAAUGCUCGCUUAAUAGAUGGGAAACUCCAAAAUGACGACGAGAUUUUCGAUGGCCAGCCCCACAGGGCAAAGGUGUUAAUACUAACCACAUAUCGGACAUUGACUAGUCGUCAUGGACCAUCUGCAGCAAAAUAUGGUGUGAAAAGGAGAAGAUCACCUAUGAUCCACCUCGGCCGCCUCGAAAAUGGAAAGGUUCUUUGGUCGGGCUCUUCGAGAUUGCUGUCUUUGACGAAGCGCAUACAAUGCGCAACAGAGGUACGCAAUUAUCUAUAACUGCGAAGUGGAUAUACGCGGGAUUCAAUCUCUUGCUGACAGGGAUACUGUUUUUCAACAGUGUCCUUGAUUUUCCUGAAUAUGCGGGCUCUUUGCUAAAAGACAAUGAUAUUAAACCAGAGCAACUGACGGCUGACCUUUUUAACCUACCAAAGGGGGAUGUGAAAGAAAGUUUGCUGUUCAUUCCUGCAGCAUUGACCAAAGUCAUCUUCGCGGACGGAUUUACACCGGAAAUUAAAAGAAAAGAAAAAGGAGCAAAAACCGAAAGAGGCUAUGGAAAAUCUGGGUCUCAAAGAUUCAACGCCCCUUUCCGCACUUGUUACCACAUUAGUUCCUGCCUUGAUCAUCGCAGUCAGUUUAUCACCGGCAUCGAGCUUGAUGCCAGGCUCUCUAUAGAUGCAGUCGGUGUAGAGAGUCUCCUUCCAC